AUGCAACACCUCUUCAGGCCCGUUAUUAGACAAUCUCCUUUCCAUUUAAGGCAAUCUUAUAGAUUUUAUGCAGCAGUUGGUGACUCAAUUCCAAGCACAAGCGUUUUUGAAGGCUCGCCUGGAAAUGACGUCGAUUUGGCUCAAGAAACUGGGAAAGGUAAAUCUUUACUUGUUGGGGUUCCAGGUGCAUUUAGUCCUGGGUGUUCACAGAAGCAUAUUCCUGGCUAUAUUGAGAACGCAAAUAAGUUCAAGAGCAAGGGCAUUGACAACAUUUUUGUAUUAGCUGUCAAUGAUCCAUUUGUCACUAAAGCUUGGGGAGAGGGAUUAUUGAAAAAUGGUGCCCAAGUCCGUUUUUUGGCAGACAGCACUGGGGAUUUUACUAGAGGGCUUGACUUGUUGUUUGAUGCUAGCAAAGUGUUUGGUAACGAGAGAUCAAAGAGAUACGCUUUAUUGGUCGAAGAUGGUAAAAUCAAGCAAACUUUUGUUGAACCAGACAACACCUCAGUUGAUGUGUCAGAUGCCACCAAGGUGUUAUCAAGUAUUUAG